GGAACAGGGGACCCAGUGCGGUCACCUCCAAGCCUUUGUGUCGAGGGCUGGGAGGGCUCGGGUGGUGUUAGGACAGCCUCCCGAAACUCACAGAGCCUCUCCCCUACUGCAGUUCGCCUCUACGGCCCGAACUUCAUCCUCCAGGUGUACUCGGCCCAGAGGAAGUCCUGGCACCCAGUGUGUCAGGACGACUGGAAUGACAGCUACGGGAGGGCCGCGUGCCAGGACAUGGGCUACCGGAAUAGUUUUUAUUCUAGCCAAGGAAUUGUGGAUGACAGCGGAGCCACCAGCUUUAUGAAGCUGAACAUAAGUGCUGGCAGUCUGAACCUCCAUAAGAAACUGUACCACAGGUAUUCGUGGUGUUCGGCGCUGUCUUCCAGACCGCUGAACAACCCCCAGUAUUGGACGGCCUUCGCAGGAAUCCUGAGACAAUCUUUCAUGUUCUAUGGACAUGGAUACCGAGUGGGAAAAGUGAUUUCCCAUCCCAAUUACGAUUCCAAGACCAAGAGCAAUGACAUCGCUCUAAUGAAGUUGCAGACACCUCUGACUUUUAACGACAAAGUGAAACCAGUGUGUCUGCCCAACCCAGGCAUGAUGCUAGAGCCGGAUCAGUCCUGCUGGAUUUCCGGGUGGGGGGCCACCUACGAGAAUGGGAAGACCUCGGACGAGCUGAACGCAGUCAUGGUGCCCCUCAUCGAGCCUGGGCGCUGUAACAGCAAGUACAUCUACAACAAUCUGGUCACGCCGACCAUGAUCUGCGCGGGCUAUCUGCGGGGAAGCAUCGACUCCUGCCAGGGUGACAGUGGAGGUCCCCUGGUCACUUUGAAGAGCCGCAUCUGGUGGUUGAUUGGGGACACGAGCUGGGGAUCCGGCUGUGCCAAACCUAACAGACCAGGAGUGUACGGAAACGUGACAGUAUUUACGGACUGGAUUUACCGACAAAUGAGGGCAAACAGCUAAUCCGUGUGGUCUUUGUCCUUGGUACUGUUCCUCGAGGAAAUGAAGGGGCUGAUUCUUCAUUCCCUGAGCAUAAUGUAUUUUUAGAAAAGAUUUGAAGGUCCUUUCAUUGUUAUUAAAUAGUGAAUUCGUCUGUC